AUGUGUUGUUUUGAAAAAUUAAAUGCAGUACGUAGAGGAUUUCUUGAUAAAAAGGGAGUGCCAGGAGUCAUAGGGACUAUAGACUGUACCCAUAUUGCCAUAUUUCCACCUCCUUCAGAAGGAUUAUACCCUGAACACAUUUAUGUGAAUCGCAAGGGUUACCACAGCAUUAAUAAACAAUUAAUUUGUGACUCUGAUGCAAGAAUAAUGAAUGUUAAUGCUAAAUAUCCUGGUAGCACUAAUGAUUCAUUUAUAUGGCGGAAAAGUAUGAUAUCCACUUACAUGGAAAACUUGCAUGACAAUGGACAUACUUCAUAUUUUUUAUUAGGUGAUUCAGGAUACCCACUUAGACCUUGGCUCCUAACACCAUUAAGUGAUCCUAUUCCUGAUACACCUGAUUCCUUGUUUAAUAAGUGGUUGACUAGUACACGGUCGACCAUUGAAAGAUGUAAUGGGAUCUUAAAAAUGAGAUUUAGAUGUUUAUUAAAACACAGAGUUUUGCACUAUAAUCCAGAACGAGCUUCAAAAAUCAUAGUGUCAUGUUGUAUUCUUCAUAAUAUCUGUAUCAAUGCAAACUUGCCCGUUCCUGAGAGAGAACCAGAUGAUCCUCUAGACAUUGAUUUUGGUAUAUAUGGUGUCCUUGUUCCUGAAUUAAAUCCUACAGUUAAUCCUCAACUUGCUGCAGGUCGAAGAGUACAACAACUUUUGAUUAGAUCAUAUUUUACUUGA